UCAAUUUUCAACUCCAAGACUGUAAACACCCUGUAUAUGUACCCUUUUUCUACACCUAUACUUUCUUUAAUUCAAAGGGAGUUAAUAAUGAAAAUGCAGCAGGUAAAGACCUUUACGUUAAUCAAAACUGCAGAUAAUUAGGUGAAUUGGGGGCUAUAUUAAUUAAAAAUUAAAUCAUUUAUUAUUUUCCAAACACAAAGAAAUUAUAGUUUAGGUGCAAAUAAACCUUGAAAAUCGCUUAAUUAUCUCUGUAGAUAAGACACCAUUGAAAUACAAUUACUGAUGGCAUUUUCUGUACUUAGCAAAAACGCUCUCUUAGGAAAAAAUCGUGAAACGAAUUUAAAUUUAAAAAUAAUAAAAACCAUUUUUCUAUUUCGGUAUCACAAUGAGCAUUUUGUGUAACUGUUUUAAAUAAAAAUUCUAAAGCACCUGCGGUUUUUUAAAAAUCACUCUGUAUUUUAUGUUUGAUUUGGCGUGCAGAUGCGCGUACCAUCUGCUUUUUCACCUGGCCCAUAAGUAGCAAAGACAAGUUUUCAGUUACAAUAUUACGAUGAUUCUAUCAACAAUUAUUAUUGUAGGCAGCGCAAGCGUUAAUGCAACAAUUUCGGUUAUCAUUGAGCAAACAAUUAAAUUUGUCUUAUCAGACUGUAUUUUAGUGACGAUGUUUUUAUCUGACAGGUGGGGAUAGGGGGCAGGUAAAAAGUACGUUAGUGACUAGUAUACAGGAAGGAUGUUCAUUCAACACUACUAAAUAACUCAGCGGAACGUUUGUUUUAUUUUAGUUAUAAUAAUGUGACGUGAUUUUAGUGAAAGUGUUAAUAUAGUCAAUUCAGAGACAACACGCGCAAUGGCCGAUAAAGAGCUAGUCGUUUCCCUUAAAGAUUUACCGUUUCAAGCUACAGUGAAGUAUCUCGGAAGCCAACCAGCUAAGGGCCUUUGGGGAAUGAAACAUACCCGGAAACCUGUUGAUUAUUUAGUAAGCUUGGCGAAAAAUCUGCCUGCAAAUAAAGUUCUCUCCAUUGUCAAGCUCGAAAUCAACCUCCAAGGACUCUCCUUCCAAGAUAUUACAAACAAGAAAGAAAAAUCUCCCUCUGUAAUGUUUCCCAUUGAUACAAUAUCAUACGGUGUACAAGAUUUGGUCUAUACCAGAGUUUUCAGUAUGAUUGUGGUCAAAGAUACUGAUCUUAGAAGCGAUAUCCCUUUUGUGUGUCACAGUUUCGUCUGUGAAUCGAGAAAUCAAGCGAGACAAAUUACAUACGCUCUAGCUGCAGCUUUCCAAGAGUAUGGAAGACAAUCAAAGCUUGAUGGCAGCAAAAGAAAAAGGUUUGCUAUCGACUUGCGCACUCCAGAAGAACAAGCUGAAGCGUCGGAAGAAGAAACCGAAGCUUGAUUUGUAUUAUUUUAAGUGAAAAUAAAUAUUUAGUUAAUCGGU